GUUAGUUUACUUUCAUGCUGUCAACAGUUGCCAGUCUGAUAAAAUCCCGACAGAGCGAAUUCAAGAAAAAAACUUGGUCUUCGGUAACGUGAAUACAGUUUAUCCAUAAGAAUGGUAUUUUUCACGUGUACUCACUGUGGCGAGGCAAUAAAGAAGCCCAAAGUUGAAAAACACUUUCAAUUCAAGUGCAGAAAUUCCAUUUCAGUCAGCUGCAUGGAUUGUUUCCAAGAUUUUCGGGGACAAGAGUAUGCCAAACACACCAAAUGCAUAACGGAGGCGCAGCGUUAUGGUGGAAAAGACUUUGUCCCCCGGCCGAGCAAAAACAAAGGAGAGCAAAAACAACAAGAUUGGAUUGCAGUAGUACAUGCUGUCAUUGAAAAUUCAGAAAACCUAUCAAUUGCCGAAAGGAACAUUCUUAAUGUGUUAUCCAAUCAUGACAAUGUGCCAAGAAAGAAAGCAAAGUUUUUCAAUUUUAUGAAAAGCAUGUUAGCUGGUCGAGUUGACUUGACAGUUCUUGAAAGUAUAUGGACUAAAAUGGAAGAAGCUUUUAAGAAAACUUCAGCAAAUAAAGCUACUACAAAUACUAAUGUUUGUUCUCUCGCUCAAGAUAAUGGAGUGAUACCUUCGAUUCAGACAGAUAUAUUGGAAAAUGAAAACAACGAGAAUAUAACCAACGAAUAUAAAAGAGCAGAUCCUAAUAUCGAAUACAGUGGGAAAUCAGAGAGUUGUGAAAUCAGCUUACAGACAACUGAUGGUAGUAUGAGCAAUAAAUCAAAAAAAUUGCUGAAGCGGAAAAUGUCUAAAGAAAUGCAAUGUCAGAAGGAGGAAAAUUUUCACACUAACAACAGGAACUAUGAAAAUUUCGAGCAAAAUUUAUCUUCUUCAAUAGGUAUGGAAGAAAACUGUGUUGGAAGUAAGAAAUCUAAAAAACUUAUAGGUGAUGAAUUAGAAAGUACUAAUUUAAUAACUGUAAUGAGUCAGAACUAUUGUAAAAAUAUUUCCAAUAAUAAUGAAAUUGUAGUUAAGAAAUUUAACUGGAGUGAUGCUAUAUUGGAGGUACUCCACUCUAAAAAGGAAAUUUCUUUGAGGAAAUUGAGGAAAAAUGUCUUACGACAAUAUCAAACGUAUAGUAAAGUUGCAGUACUGAACGGAAAUCCUGCUACUAAGUUUGAUAGAAAAAUUAAUAGAAUGACGCAGAUUGUUAUUGAAGAUGGAAAAGUUAAGUUGGCAAAGUGAUAUCUAAACAGACAACAUCAUGUAAAGAAGAAAAACAACAAUAAAAAUAAGGGAAUAUUGAUCUAUCAUCAUUCAUACAAUAUUACCUACUUGCGUUAUUUGUUAAGUUGCAUGCGGUGGUAAAUUUACAUUUUUAUAAACGUUCCCCUUCUGCCAAAUAAUAAAUAAUGAAAAACUGGUCCACCCACUC